AUGAGAGAUAAAUGGAUACAGACUUUGACGUUACAACCACAUCCUGAAGGAGGGUUCUACGCUGAGACAGGUAGAUCAAAGAAGACCAUUAUCUCGGAAAUAGGCCUUGAUGUGCCAUUGUUCACCAACAUUCAUUUUUUGCUAGAGGACAAGAACCCUUCCAGGUUCCAUCGGCUUUGUUCAGAAGAGGUUUGGUAUUUUCACGACGGAGAGCCACUAACCGUCCACUGCAUCUACCCGAACGGAGAGUACAAGGCAGUCAAGUUGGGAAGAAAUCCGGAUGCCGGGGAAGUGCUUCAGUUUGAGGUGCCUCGUAAUGUCAUAUUUGGCUCGACAGUAGAGAAAGGCUGGGCUCUUGUAAGCUGUAUGGUGUCUCCUGGAUUUGACUUCCGUGAAUUCCAAUUGUUCAGUGAAGAGGAACUUUUGCAGGUGUACCCAGAACACUCUGCAAUCAUCAAGCGUCUUACGUGA